AUGUCGCCGCCUCGCCAUACACGCGCAAGCUGAUAAUUCACGGGUCGAUCAUUUCAGUUUAUUUUGCGAGUUUCAUCAACUGCCACGAGGUUCAGCCGUGGUUCGUGAUCUUUCCCGCUCGUAGAGCGGAGCGGCGCGGCGGCGAGCGGUCUCGGUAAGGAGCGUUGACCCCGCCCCUGGCGAUGUUCUCACGCGGCGCAUAACGUCCGGCUUUGUGGGCGCAGCAAUGGGGCCACGGAGCGGAGCGCGACAGCCGCCCACUGCCAGUGAGCCGUGACCGGCCGCGGCCGCCAGACGACAGACUGUGAUCGUGUGAAAUUAUUUACACAAAGGAGAACAAGAUAUUCUGCCUAGAAUCUCUAGUCAAGUGGUGACACGGGUCAGGAUCAUGGGAAGAGAUACCAAAGUUGUCAUUGCAGGAACCAGAGGAUGUGGGAAAACAUCAAUCCUGGAGCAUCUAAUUUAUGGAAAUGUGGCUUCAAGAAAACCUCCAGACCAAACCAUUGAAGACAUUUACUGUGCCCAAAUAGAAAGUGAACAGGGAACACAAGAAAGAUUACGCAUCUUUGACACUGCAGGUCUGGACGAGAGAUGUAAAGAAAUUCCCAGACAUCUGCUGAGCUUUGCUGAUGCAUAUGUGCUUGUAUACUCUGUGACUAGUGAGAAAUCAUUCAGAAUCAUGGAAGAAAUGAAGAAGGAUGUGGACAAGAACAAAGAGCGUAAAGAUGCAGUGAUAGUUGUUCUCGGCAACAAGGCAGACCAGGCCUCGCACAGAGAGGUGGAUCCGACAGUGGCACAAAUAUGGGCAGCAUCAGAAAAGGUCAGGUUGUGGGAUGUCAGCAUCAAAGAUAGGAACACCUUGGUGGAACCAUUUGCUUACAUUGUGUCCAAGCUGACACCUCCCUCAAGCAAGUCUGGUUUCCAGCAUCUCAAGAUGACAAUGAGAACAAAGAGUGAUUUAGCACAUUAGAAUGUCAAGUUGUGUGUUGCCAAUCAGAGAUUCUGUUAUUCCUACUGCACUUGUUUACAUUUCACUUAUGUAUUAUCAUGACAGGAUGUUUUUCUAUUGCUUUACUACUCAGAAGUGUUAGAUAAGUUUACUUAUUUUGUUUGUUAUUUUUACCAACACUGUUAUUUGUUUAUUUGGGUAGAUAGGCAUCUUCUAGAAUAUUAACAAGGAGAGUCUGCAGUUACUAGCAUAUGAUACAUUUAGCAAGUGUCUGCAUUUCAAAUGUGCCAUUGCUAGCAUGAUUUUGGUCAUGUGACUUUGUACAAAGUGAAAUCCAUAUUUUUGCUUAGCGCCAUUUACAGCAAUGAAGCUUGCUUUACCCCAGAUAUUGUUAACCUGACAGAGGAAAUAUAUUCUAAGUCUGUG